AUGAAGAAUGGCUCAUGGCGUUGCUGCUUCAGCUGCAUAAAAUGUGCAGCAGAUGCAGUUCGCCAGGCGAAUGCAUUCGACGAGCUGUGGCUUGCAGUUUACAGCCCCGUUGGCAUCGAUUUUUUCCGAAGCUGUGGCCACCUUCCCUACACAUCGGUCGGAGUGCGAGGGCCUCCAUUGGGCAACGACCUGGAUUUGCGUGUCGCCGGUCAUCGCACGGACGUCUUCGAAGCGUUGUGCGCCUUCCGGCGGCAGCUGGAGCAGACAGGAUGCCACUUCACAGCAUCUGUUCGUUGGUAG